AUGGAUGUGGAUAUGGAUGAACCUACUCAAUUAGCUGCAGAAGUCAAGGCGUCCAAGAAGGACAAAGGAGCAACAACCACCACCACCACCGCCCCUUCCUCCAAUGCGUCAUCGCCGAAGCCCUCGCGUCCUGCCAAGGAAGCACCGCCUCCAUUACCCCAAGGCUCCGGGUUGAUCUCCAACGCUCUAUUUGGAACAGAUGACACUCGCUCCUCAGGUUCGUCCCGCACCACGCCCAACAUUGUUCUACACAUUCCCCUGCAGCGGGACGGCAAUCAAAUCAUCAAUUUUGCCCGUAUGGCGGAAGAGCAAUACGGUUUCGCAGCCUUGCAUCCCCGACUGGCCGCGCACAAGGAGCGGCUAGCUCGCGUUGCGGCGGCAGGUGCGGCGUUGGAGCGGAACGAAAAGGGUGGCAAGGGCCUAUCUGCGGGAGAAAGCGCGGACGAGGAUCUCAGUCUUAAUGUCGAUCGUGAUAGCGACCUUGAUGGUGAUGUCGCUAUGGGCGGUGUGGGUGCGAAUUCCGCGGCGGCCACAAACGGCACGACACCGACCGAUGCGCCGGAUGGGAAGAAGAAGCGUCGCAAGAAGAAAAUGGAAGAGUAUGACCGGGAUGAUCCUUUUGUAGACGACAGCGAGUUGGCUUGGCAGGAACAUGCGGCCGCAAGCAAGGACGGGUUCUUUGUGUACAGUGGACCGCUCGUCCCCGAGGGAGAGAAGGUCCAAGUUGAACGGGCAGAUGGAACUAUCAAGCGUGGACGUGGCCGGGGUCGUGGUGGUCGCAGCCGCGGGGGUCCAUCAACUCAUCAAGUGCCAAUUGCCGCCGCGGUCCCCAUCUCCCAGGAGACAGGGCUGCCUCUCCGUGGUCCGGGAUCCCGUGGUGGCAGCACCACCCGCCGUCCUCGUCCGAGCAAGUCCCGGCAACAGGCGGAACAGGACAAACAGGGCGCCUCUUCAACAACAACAUCGCAGGGACGAGGCGGCGGAGCAGCUGGCCGCGGAGGAGGCGCGGCUGGAACCCGCGGUGCAAAGACACCAUCGGUGGUCGAGCUUGCCCCUGCGCCUCGUCCGAGCUUGGCCCCUGCACCGGCGGGGCCCAGUCCUCUGGCUGGUCCAGAAGUGGCGUCAAAGUGA